AUGACAGAUGCGAUGACACCUCCGGAAUAUGUAUGCAACGACAUCCUCACGCUCUUCCACCGCACCUUCUCGAUCCCCUUCUCGCGGCCAGACCUGCACCAGGUCCUGCAGACCGUAAAAGGCCACCUCUACAACCGCGACUUCUCCGCCGCCUUCGGCACAGUCGAGCACCUCAACGCCUAUGUGAUCCGGUGGUCGCCCAGCCGCGCCCUCUGCUACCGCAGCGUAUUCCUCAGCCUCUGUGACGAGAUAACGGACGUUUUCCAGACGGCGGAUGUCUCCGGCACGAGCGAGAUCGUGUGCAUCGGCGGCGGAGCCGGCGCCGAACUCGUGGGUGCCGCCGCCGCAACCCGCAACCUCCUCCCGCGCGGCGAAGUCGCUGCAGGCAAGGUCCACGUCACUGCUAUCGACAUCGCGGAGUGGAACGAGCCGUUCAGCGCGCUGACCAACGACAUCUGCGAGAACUACAUCCCCAACACGCAGCCGGGCGUGUUCUCGGCGGACUUCUACCGCGAGGAUAUCUUGGCGCCCAGCGUGCCGCUCGAGAACCUGAUCCCGGCGUCGACGAGGCUGAUCACGCUGCUGUUCACGACGAACGAGUUGUACACGCAGUCGAGAGCCGCGACAACAAAGCUGCUGCUGUCGUUGGCGGGCAUCGUCGAGAAGGGCUGUUUGCUCCUUGUCCUCGAGAGUGCCGGGAGUUAUAGUACCGUCCAGGUCGGCGAAAAGACUUUCUCGAUGGGGAUGCUGCUGGAACAUACACUGCUGGGCCCAGAUGGCGACUGGGAGAAGAUUGAGGGAGAUGAUGCGAAGUGGUUCAGACUACCGGGGGAGGGCAAGGGAUUGAGAUAUCCGUUGGCACUGGAGAAUAUGAGAUACUUCGUUAGGGUUUUUAGAAGGUUGUGAUGUGACGAUACGAGGGGUGGAUAUGGGACUGGGCACUUUGGCGUUUGGGUGUGCUUGGAUUGUGUUUUGGGAUAGGGAAAAGUUUUGUAGUUUAUCGUGUUUAUUGAUAUUGGCCAUGGAGUCGCUG